AAUACGAUAUAAGAUGCUGUAUUUGUAACUCAACAUACUUAUCAUAUUGAAUUAAAACGAUUACAACUUCAUCGUUUCAUUUCAUGAUCACGAAAAUCACAGAUGAUGAUGAAAGGAUACUUUACAGUUUAAUAAUUACUAAUCGUAAUUACAUUUUACUUAUGUUCCUGUCUAUUUGAAUUAAUUUCCUAUAUCAGUGACUGCACCAGUGUCAGAUUUAAACCAUUGAUAGUGCUUUAAGUAUUUUGGUAUUUGUAAUGUGAUAUUUGUAUUCCUUUUGCGAACUUAAUUUCUGACGAAGAGAAAAUGAAUUUUUAUGUUUGUCUUGGAUUUAUAUUUUUCAUUCUAGAAUUAUGUCAGGGAUCUGGCACAGAUAUAGCCUUAGAUGCAAAAGCCAGUUUGUUACACCGCAUAGAUAGCUUAAAUCUUUUAAUAUAUACAUGUCUUCUUACUCUUACUGUGCUAACUAUUUGGGUGUUUAAACAUAGACGUGUGAGCUGGAUCCACGAGACUGGAUUGGCCGUAAUAUAUGGUCUUAUAGUAGGGGCAAUAAUAAGAUAUGCAGGCACGACAAACCAAGUCACUCACAUUGAUGUGCACCCAGCACCAGACACCAAGUACAACUUGUCAGUGCCACCUGACAUGCUGCGGUUCCAUUUCCCAGACAAGAUCCAGAUCGCAUCUGGCGAGGUUCCCAUACCAAAUAAAACCUAUGCUUACAGCUUUAGGGGUGAGAUAGUGAAUGUGGAACAAAAUGAAAUAGAUCUUAAAGCCACAUUUGACCCAGAAAUUUUCUUCAAUAUAAUUUUACCUCCAAUUAUCUUUCAUGCGGGGUAUUGCUUGAAAAGGAAAUAUUUCUUUCGUAACCUUGGUGCAAUAUUAACAUUUGCAAUGGUGGGCACAGCUUUAUCGGCGUUAGUUAUUGGAUCUCUGAUGUAUGGCUGUGUGCAGUUGAUGCCAGCUUCCUUGGCCUCCAGCUUCACAUUUCUGGACACUCUGUACUUCGGUGCUCUCAUCUCGCCAACUGAUCCACUCACAGUAUUAGCUAUAUUUUCCCAGUUAAAGGUUGAUGUUAAUUUGUACGCCAUGAUUUUCGGCGAGAGCGUUCUCAAUGAUGCUGUAGCAUUAGUACUUAGCGGUGCUAUACAAAAUUACGAAAAACGGUACUCUAACGAUGGUGGCUUUGAAAUAACUGCUUUCUUGGCAGCCAUUGGUGACUUCAUCGGGAUUUUCAGUCUCUCGCUACUUAUCGGCGCUUUGAUGGGCUGUCUGACAGCAUUGAUAUCGAAGUUCACUCACGUGCGCGAAUGGCCUCUGUUGGAGUCAGCGCUGUUUGUGCUCAUGUCGUACGCCGCUUUCCUGAUAGCUGAAGUAUGGGAAUUAACAGGCGUUGUGGCGGUGCUAUUCUGCGGGAUAUGCCAAGCUCACUACACGUACAACAACCUAUCGUCGGACUCGCGCAACCGCACCAAGCAACUGUUCGAGUUGCUCAACUUUCUGGCGGAGAACUUCAUAUUCACAUACAUCGGCGUUUCAAUGUUCACCUUCCCAAAGCAUCACUUCGAUCCCUGGUUCAUCAUCGCCGGAUUUGUGACUUCAACUCUCGGUCGGGCUGUGAACAUUUAUCCCUUAUCGUUCCUCUUAAAUCUCGGACGAAAACCACCGAUACCAAUGAACUUCCAACACAUGUUGUUUUUCUCUGGCCUCAGGGGAGCGAUGUCGUUCGCCCUAGCUAUUCGCAACACGGUAUCGGAUGCCCGCCAAGCCAUGUUGACAACCACGUCGCUCAUCGUCAUCGCCACGGUCGUCCUUCAAGGCGGCGCGGCGACACACGCGCUCGCUUAUCUUCGUAUACCCACCGGACAAGGACAAAACGACGAAAGCGACGCUCUGCCUUACCGCGACGUAAGAAGUCUGUACCAGGCCACGGACACUGGGGGAUCGCCCGGAGACAUAGGAUUCGGGCUUCGAAAUUUGGAUUCCACGCAACCGGCCAGUUGCGACAGGGCGACAGAGACGCCACGUGAAGGAGGGGAGAAAGCCCGCUUGGCCCGAUUGUGGGGGGCAGUGGACUCCAAACUGCUGAAGCCGCUGCUGACACACGCGAGGCCCCCGCUCACAGACACCCUGCCCGGGUUCAUGAGACCUAUCGCCCGUGUACUCACAACCACACAUCAAUACACCCAAGGAGACAACAACCUACGCAGAACAGACUCUGACUCGGACCUUUGCAUCGACGAGCCUCAACCAGUGCCAACAAGUAUUGACCCUCAGCUAUCAAUUAAUGUUCGGAACGGAUAUGGGCAUGUCUAAUCAUUGUAGCGUUAGUGAAUAUCGGCUGUGAUAUAAAUUGAAUUAAGGUUUUAGCAAAAAUUCAUAGAUGAAAUAUUUUGACAUUGCACGCAGCAAUUGUGGCCUGGACACGUGGACACGAGAAUCUCGGUGGAAGGUAUCACAGGAAGUAACAUAUAAAAUGCUUUUAAAGACAUCAUGUUCUAAGCUAUGUGUGCCACAGUUUGUAUGUUUGUACGUAUAGCUUCUGCACGGUCAGUGUUAUUAAAAGGAAGAAUUGUAAAUAUUUAUUGAUAUAUCAACGCCCAAAAAGGAUUUUAUGUUGGAUGUGAAUUUUCCUUUUAACUCAGCAUAGCAGUGAUGUUUACUAAUACAAUCGGCAAAUGUUUUGCUAUUUCAUGGAAAUGUGAUAUUUUUUUAAACAAGGACUGGAAUCAAACUGUUAUUGGGACUAUAAAUUUUUCAGUUGUCCUUCGUAAAUAUAGAUAUAUUUGUUCUUUUUUUCAGUAACUAAACAGUGGACCAUAAAAGCUCACUAAAAUAGAACUAGUUAUCAUAGAAUUAGUUUAAAUAAUACUACCUACUUAAAUAAAUUGUAGUAGUAUGUAGCGGAAUAUCAUUUCUGAUUAUUAUUAUUUUCAUCAUAGCCUCGAAUGAUCUGAUGUUUGCGCUUUGCUGGACCUGCGAUAUAUUUUAAAUUUAACAUUUUUACUUAUUAAAAAAAAUUGCGUCCAUACAAUGGUCAAAAGUAUUCCUAAUUUAAUUAGAUGACGAUUUCUUGUUUGUUUUUGUUAUAAUAUUUUAUUUUUCGGAGUAUAAAUAUAUAGAGGUUUUUAAAACCGUCUGUUUGAUGUGUAUUCCCUAAGAAAAUUUUGAAAUUCUACUUAAUAUUAGAAAUAAGUAAGGUAUAAUCUAUAUGUUUCUGUCUCAAUUCUAUUUCUGGAGCUUUAUAAAUAGCUUUCUUGUAUUUAUAAACACGAUGUUUUAUUCUUUGUGGAAACUUCUCACAAUGACAAAAAAUGUUAAAUGAAACUUAAGUUGUUCACAUAAGUCUUUAUUAAAAUAUUUCCAGCAUAUUAGGACAGGCAUAAUUUCACAGGGUUUUUUUUAUGUCAACAUAAUGUUUGUGGUUUGUAGUUUAUACAAAAAAAAUUGUAUACAAAAUGUGAACAUUGCGAGCGACUGUAAUUUUGUUUAUGCAAUUAUUAAAUAAAUUUUGAAAUA